AAGAAGGAAAAGCGGUCGGAGGGAACUGGACGGGCGGGAUGAUGACCCCAGGGUGAGACUACUUACUGUACGAGGUUGUCCAUGUGGUGGAUUCGGUAUGAUGGGUUUUUCCCAUGGUAUACUGUGCAAGGCCGUCUUUAGGAAUGAGGCACCGGAGCUGUUUGUCUACUUCUCUCGGUUCUCAUCAAGGGUGUCGGGUGCAUUGCUGGCGUUCAUGGGUGGAUGUAUGUGCUUCUAUUUUUUCUCUUCCUACCUUGUUUUUUGGUACACUAUUCUUGUGGGAAAUGGCUAUGUCGAACAUAAGGAUGGGAGAGGAUGGUUUGGUGGGAGGUGCUGGUGUCAGUUAUUCUGGAAUGGGUGUGCUAGGAAGCUGGAUCUCCUUCAUAGCGGUGGAUAGGGAGGGGUAUGUAGGGUUUGGGUAGGGAUAUGGAUAGGACUUUUCAUGUCUUUAUUGCAGGGCGGGGGAUAGUGUGGUAUGGAGUACGGACAAUGAAUGGAUAGUGUUCUAU